GUUUGCUUCUCUUUGUGUGUGGAAGAAUGGUAAAUUUUUUUCCUUGAAGACCAGUUUUUGUGUCUGCAGGCAUGUGCAUGAAUGUAGUUUGAAACUGUGGUCGGAUACUUAAUUGUUAACUCAACAAGAAGAGAGUGCAGAAAACAAAUGUGAUACGAAUUCAAUGUUGUUAAAAAAAUAGCAUUGUUAUAAGUGACACCCAUAUUUUACUAUACAUGAUACCUAGUGUCGUCACGCCAAUCAUUAUACACUAAAUUUAGUGCAUUUAGUAAUGCAUUGCAUCUAGACCUUUUUGUUUACAUCCGGGUAUCAUAAUGACGUCACUGUUAGGAUGUCGGCCAUCUUGGUGUUUUAUAAAUAUCUGUCUGAGACGUGCUUUCUACGACAUAGACGCGCCUAUUUCUGUCCUAUGUAGCUACACUUCCUUCACCACAGUAUAACCUAUACAGUAUAGCAUAUGUGUCCAUGGCGUUUAAUCGUAGCGUCUCCGUUCAUUAGUAGCUCAGCAAGCAACGCGUACGUCUGCGAGGCAAAACAAGAAAAUUUAAGUGGGGAGGGGGGCCAAACCCCGAUGCCAUCAUGCCGUGUGUUGUUUGCAAAAACUACAACUCAAAGACGAAGGGCCAAGGAAUAAGCUACCACCAGUUUCCCCGGGACGAAGGCAGGCUGCAGAAAUGGUUAUCGGCCGUCGAGUCCCACUUACGGCCGCCUUGGACGGUAGACAGGAUUCGCCAAAAAUUUACCAGUCGGCCCGGAGCGGAGGUGUGCUCUCUGCACUUCUCUGCAAGCUGUUGUAUCGACAAUCCGAGGACUAAACUCGUUGCGUACAAGGUUCCUAUAAAGGUGCUAUUGAAGGGUGCUGUACCCACCAUAUUCGGAGAGGAGAAACCGGCGGAGUCGCCGAGUUGCCAGAGUGAAAAUCUAGCCCGAAAGCAGCUCAUCCCAGAGAAAACACAGUCCAUGGAGCCUCAACUGUCUGACCCCAGCAGCACAUAUGAGUUACAGUCUUUACAGUCUAGGCCAAUCAGCACACCAGAACCACAGUCAACUAGCAUGCCCGAAAUGUUUACCGGACCAAUCAGCAGACCCGAAAUAUUGGCUGGGCCAAUCAGCACACCUGAACCAAAGUCUGGGCCAAUUAGUAGGCUUGAACCACAGCCUGGAUCAAUUAGCAGACCCGAGCCACAGUCUGGGCCAAUCAGCAGGCUUGAACCACAGCCUGGACCAAUCAGCAGACCUGAACCCCAACCUGGACCAAUCAUCCAACUCAGGCCAGAGAGUGGAUCAAAAAGCACACUUGAACCACAGCCUGGACCAAUCAGAAGGAGUGAACAACAGAGUGGACCAAGCAGCGCAUCUGUACAACUUACUGGACCAAUCAGUACACCCGAAACACAGUCUGGACCAAUCAGCAGAAUCAAUUGCAAGCCUCAGGCUGGACAAAGCAGUCUUGUAAUACAGACCGGCCCAGUCAUUAAUAGACUUAAACCACAGACUAGACCAAUGAGCACAUCUAAACCACAAAUUGGACCAAUCAACAAAAUUGAACCACAAAAUGGACCAUUCUGCAAGUCUGAACCACUGUCUGGACCAAGCAGCAGCCUUCAACAACAGCCUGCACCAAUCAAAACACCCAAACCAAAGUUAGGACCAAUCAGCACACUUCAGCCACAGACUGGCCCAAUCAGCACACCUGAACCACAACCCAUGGACACUAACUCAGACUGCAUUGUGUUUCCAGUGGGACCUAAAAUCUCUGUUCUUGCCAUUAAGAUGGAUAGUCCCACCAUGCAAGCGGACAUCAAGCCUUUCCAGUGCCAGCACUGUGACUUCACAACAGUACUGAAGAAGGACCUAGAUGCACACAUGGUACAGCACGUCUUCGAUAAAGCCUUCAAGUGUGGGAUCUGCGGCCACUUGGCGGCAUUCCGAAGUGCCCUGAGAAAGCACAUGUUCGUACACACGAGAGAGAAACCCUACAAGUGUGAACGCUGCGACUAUUCAGCAGUCAGUAGGAGGGAUCUGGAACUGCACACAGAUCAUCAACACACAGGGGAGAAGCAGUACAAGUGUAACAUAUGCGAAUAUUCAACUGCUCGGAAACACAACUUAAACCAACACAUGAACCAACACAUUAGUGACAAACCCUUCAUGUGUGGGGAGUGUGGGUUCAGGACAAACUACAAGUGCUCGCUGGAAAAGCACAUGAACGUUCACGUCUGCAAUCUGGAGAAGCCCCAUAAGUGUAAACAGUGCAGUUAUGGUGGUUUCAGUAAGAAGAACUUAGAGAGACAUACACGAAACCGUCAUGCAAAGAAUGUGAAAAAUAAAUGUGAGAGUAGAUGAUAUAAAUGGUCCCAGCUCAUGUAAGGGCGCAGUCACAUAGGUCGUGUGGUCGUUGUACAAUUUUGAUGCCAUGGGAUUUUCAAGUGGCCUGUGACAGGACCAAGCAUCAACAAGGAUCCAAAACAGCCUUUUGUGUACCAAGACAGUUGAACUUUGCAGGAGACGUACAUUUUUGUCUUCCAAAAUGCCUGAAGUUAGUGAUCGUACCGUGAUUGCACGAUCUAUGUGUUCAUGCCCUAAGAGUAAGACAGGCACCAGCUAAAAGGACAUGUAAAACAACCUUAGCAAUUAUAUGGUUGAAGAGAACAUGUGGCAUAAUUAGCUGCAUGCCAAUUUUAGUGACACCCACCGGUCCCCGCUCUCCAUAGCCCUGUGGCAAUAUCCUAGCUAAUGAAAUAGUCUUUUGAAACUGUUUGAUCAU